UUGGCUCUGUCCUUCGCGGGAAGGAGUUUGUGGCGCCAGCGAAAAGUAGAUACAGCGCGGCGGGAGCGGCAGGGGUGUUGAGGGGGUCGGCCAACCCACCAGACGGGAACCUUCUGGAACUCUCUCCUGAGAGAACCGUGUCGAAGAUGUGGAACAGUGGAUUUGAAAGCUAUAGCACCUCCUCUUUCGGAGGAGCCAGCAGCUACACACAGUCUCCUGGGGGCUUUGGAUCGCCGACAGCUUCACAGGCCGAAAAGAAAUCCAGAGCUCGAGCUCAGCACAUUGUACCCUGUACCAUAUCUCAACUGCUUUCUGCUACUCUGGUUGAUGAAGUAUUCAGAAUUGGAAAUGUUGAAAUUUCACAGGUCACUAUUGUGGGGAUAAUCAGAAAUGCAGAGAAGGCUGCAACCAACAUUGUUUAUAAGAUAGAUGACAUGACAGCUGCACCCAUGGAUGUUCGCCAGUGGGUUGACACAGAUGAUGCCAGCAGUGAAAACACUGUGGUCCCUCCAGAAACAUAUGUGAAAGUGGCUGGUCAUCUGAGAUCAUUCCAGAACAAGAAAAGCCUGGUAGCCUUUAAGAUCAUGCCCCUGGAGGAUAUGAAUGAGUUCACCACACAUAUUCUGGAAGUAGUCAAUGCACACAUGAUGCUGAGCAAGCCGAGCAGCCAGCCCUCAGCAGGGAGAGCACCUAUCAGCAAUCCAGGAAUGAGUGAAGCUGGGAACUUCAGUGGGAAUAACUUCAUACCAGCAAAUGGCCUCACUGUGGCCCAGAACCAGGUGCUGAAUUUGAUCAAGGCUUGCCCAAGACCUGAAGGAUUGAACUUUCAGGAUCUCAAGAACCAACUCCAACACAUGUCCGUAGCCUCAAUCAAGCUAGCUGUGGAUUUUCUAAGCAACGAAGGACACAUCUAUUCCACCGUGGAUGAUGAUCAUUUUAAAUCCACAGACGCAGAAUAACUGGAUCUAACUGAGUACCUGAGAUAUUUUCCAGUUGGACCAUUUUUUUGCAGCCUCUUGUCACCAGCUGUGCAUAUAAUUGGCGGGUUGACUUCUAGGAAGUAGAUUUCAUCUGUAAAAGAUCUCAACUGACAUCCUUUUGAAACUUACUACUACUCUUCUGUGUUUUUGAAGCUCAAAGGGAUAUGGGCCUCUGAAAAGGAUAUAAACCAGGGCAGAAUUUCUUAAAGAAGUAACAGAUUAGUUAGUUACAACAUCAAGCUAAAUGGAAUUGAAAGAGAGAUGCUACCAAGAGAGUUGGGCAGUACUGCUUAAAUAAUGCUCAAGAGUUUCUAUUCUUAAAUUGUUUCCUCUUGAGAGAAGAUGAGCAGCACUGGGCCCACUCACCUCUGCCUUUUUUGGUUCCCCACUUUGGUUUUGUGGUGUUACUUUCAGAAUUGCACUUUUUUCACCUUGUCAUAGUAGCUGCCAAAAGUGUGUUUUUAUAAACCUGGGUUCUAGAGUGCUGGCUUCCUGGGGCAGAGGAGAGAAAGAAAUGCGUGUUGUACAAAAUAAGUACGUUCAUAUGUUUAAUAAAAUAGUUAUAUUAUUGAAGUAA